CCUCAUGCUCUCCGAAGGCCGCCGCGGAAUCGACCCCAUCUUUUCUAUUUGCGAAGGAAUUCUACGGCUGGAAGUCGACAAACCUACGUAUGAGAGAUUGGGAUUAUCCGCAGGAGGAGUCAUCCGCAGCAUCACAUCCACGCAUGGCGAGGGAAAAAAACAUGAGAAAUCCCGGUUUGCGAUUGAGAUUGAUUUGAGAUCGCCGAAAAUGGUACAGGGGACAAAAGGGUGGGAAAGAGUGGUGUGGGCGUGUAAGAAUGUGUUGAAUUGGAGUUUGACGUGGCUUUUUGUGGAUUUUACCGUGAGGGGGAAGAAGGAGAUGGAAUCAAACGGUGGUGACGCUACCGCCCCCACCACUUCUCCAACUGCCACGAUGAGAGAAGAAGGAGAAAACCCCCUUCAACCCUUCGCCCCAACCCUCUUCACCAUUUCUCCCGAAAUUCACAAAAUGUCAAACGUUCUCGUUCCCAUCUGGCCCACUCCAACUCAAAAAGUCAACAAUAACAACAAAAAGUCCUCCACGACAACUCCAACAAAUCCAACUCCAGACCCCAUCCAAUCCACCGAACUCCUCGAAUGGAUCAGUCUAGCAAUCCUCGGCUCACCUCGCAUCUCAGCAGAUGACGCGAUGGAUUCUUAUCUAUGUCGAUAUUCCGUUCCUUCUUGUUCUGUUGUGGGAGAACAAUCGCCAGGGAGUGAAGGAGAAGUAGAGGAGGAAGAACAACAGGAAAAGUUAUCGUCACAGCAGAUUU